CUGCCGGGUACAGUGGCACCUCCUCUAACUCCAGUCCUGCGCUGUUUGAACGGUUUUGUCGUUCAACAUGACACAUUUUACUGGAUUUGUGAGCUGAUAGCAUGAUCCCGUUAAGGCUCUCAGUGCAUCAGUUUGUGACAGAGAUGUUCUCUUGACUUAAAGUUCACAUCUUGACAAAGGCUUUCCUGCAAAUUACUCACCUGACAUCACAAUGGCUUCCAAUAUAAUUGUGGAACAGCAGUUUUCUCACAAAUUCACAGUGACCGUCGUUCGAGCCGAAAACGUCACCAAGGGAGCGCUGGGUGACCUACUGGACACGCCAGAUCCGUAUGUGGAGCUGUUCAUCCCGACAGCCCCUGAAAGCAGAAAGAGGACCAAGCACAUAGACAACGACAUCAAUCCAAAAUGGAACGAGACCUUUCAUUUCAUCUUAGACCCCAACCAGCCGAACGUUCUGGAGUUAACAUUAAUGGAUGCCAACUAUGUAAUGGAUGAGACACUUGGGACGGCGUCCUUCGAGAUCAGCAAACUCAAAGUGGGCCAGACAAAGAUGGAGACUUUCCUCAUUGGCAAAGCAACCAAUGUGCACUUAGAGAUGUCACUGGAGAUCUGUACAAACCUGGACCUGCGGUUCAGCCAUACCCUGUGUGACAAGGAGAAGAAGUUUAGAGAAGCCCGCAGAGGGAGCGUGAUGCUCGGCAUCAAGAAGCUGCUAAACACAGAGGAGCCUUGUCACCCAGGAGAGGUGCCAGUGAUAGCCAUAGCAGGGUCAGGAGGUGGUUUUCGUGCCAUGGUCGGUUUUUCGGGCGUUAUGAAGGCUCUGUUUGAGUCAGGGGUCCUAGACUGUGCCACAUAUGUUGCUGGCCUCUCUGGAUCCACAUGGUACAUGUCCACUCUCUUCUCUGACCCUGACUUUCCAAAUAAGGGUCCAAAGGACAUCAACAGAGAGCUGAUGAAGAGAGUUAGUAGUAACCCACUUAGGCUCUUGAUGCCCCAGCACAUCACCAACUACAUCCAGGCUCUAUGGACCAAAAAGGCCUCAGGGCAGCCGGUUACUUUUACAGAUAUCUUUGGUAUGCUCAUAGGAGAGACACUUAUACCCUCGAGGAUGGACAUCAAGCUAAGUGACAUCCAGGAGAAAAUAAACCAAGCCCAGAGUCCUCUUCCUCUUUUCACAUGUCUGCAUGUCAAGCCAGAUGUUUCUGAGCUCAUGUUUGCAGACUGGGUGGAGUUUAGCCCGUAUGAAAUUGGGAUGGCAAAGUAUGGCACCUUUAUGACCCCUGACCUAUUUGGAAGCAAGUUCUUCAUGGGAACUGUUGUGAAGAAGUACAAGGAAAACCCUCUUCAUUAUCUGAUGGGUGUGUGGGGAAGCGCAUUCUCGAUUCUGUUCAACAGAGUGCUGGGGGUCAAGGACACAGCCGGUGGCAGCACCAUGGAGGAGGAGUUAGAGCAGAUCAAACCGCAGCACAUCAUUGGAGAAGACAUUCUGGAUAAUGAUGAUGAACCACGCAAAGGUGGGACAGAAAACCAGGAGGCAGAGGAGGAGAUUACUCGCACCGCUCAGGCCAGCUGGGUUCAGCGAAUGUUCACCUCACUCUUCAGUGAGUCUGCUUUGCUCAACACAAGAGAGGGCCGUGCUGGAAAGGUGUAUAACUUCAUGCUGGGCCUGAACCUGAACACCAACAUGCCAUUCUCUCCUUUGCUUGAGAUAACACACACCUCAGCAGCUGAGGAGGAGGUGGAUGCUGUAACAGAUCCCGAUGAGUUUGAUCGAAUCUACGAGCCCUUGGAUGUGAAGCGUACGAAGAUCCAUGUAGUGGACAGCGGCCUGACCUACAACCUUCCCUACCCCCUUAUCCUGCGGCCGCAGCGAGGUGUUGACCUCAUCAUCUCCUUUGACUUUUCUGCACGACCGAGUGACUCCAGCCCUCCAUUCAAGGAGCUUCUGCUUGCUGAGAAAUGGGCUAGAAUGAACAAGCUACCAUUUCCUAAGAUCGACCCCAAAGUUUUUGACCGCGAAGGUCUGAAGGAGUGCUAUGUCUUCAAACCAAAGAAAGAUGAAAAGAACUGCCCGACAGUCAUCCACUUUGUCCUGGUCAACAUCAACUUCAGGCAAUUCAAAGCACCUGGUGUUCCCAGGGAGACUGAGAUGGAGAAGGAUUUGGCAGAUUUUGACAUUUUUGAUGACCCGGAGACACCAUACUCCACCUUUAAUUUCCAAUACUCCAAUGAAGCGUUCACCCAGCUUCAUGACCUGAUGGAGUUCAACACUCUCAACAACCUGGAGGUUAUUAAAGAAGCCAUCAAGGACUGCAUCGCAUCCCGGAAGGAGAAUCCCUCAGGCAUCUCUGGCCCCUUUGCCCUCAGUGAGAUCCCAAAAAAGAAGAUUCUCAAAAGAGAUCAUCAAGGAAAGCCCGUGAAUCACCUUUGAAAUAAUAGCCGGUAGCUUCAGUCUAAGACUUCUGGGGAUUUUGUUUUCACUUUAAAACGAAGCAUUUUCCUUUUGGAAAAUACUCUGACUCUGAUCUUUUCUUUGUCUACUUCAAUAACGAUGGUUUUGUUAUACUCUGGGUUUUAUGUUUCUGAUAAAGGGCUACUGUAAAGAACCUGGAUGUUUACUGGUAAAAUGAUUGGAUUCAUAUACAACAAAGUUUUCACCUCGGUUUAUUUGCACUGUAGUGACUGCUGUGAAAGAAAAAACAACAACAACAACAACAAAACGCUUAUUUACCACAAACAGUGCAUUCCCUUCAGGCUGUGAAACAGACUAGAAAUUGAAAAGAGAACACAUACUAAACACUGCAAUCUGAAUGGAUUCUUUCCACUAGCAUCGCAACUAACACAAGUCCCCACUUUUUUUAAAUAUCCACUGAGGAUCCAAAACUCUCAUUUUGUUUAUUGUGUCUGUUUUAAAACCACGUGCUCAUUCACGUCACUUGAUCACACCACGUGAAUUUUGUUGUCCAGUUGCAGCAUUCCCAGUGCCAGUGGACACCUCGCAACUUCCUGCUGCAUUUGCAUCUUGCAUCAGUGACUGUGCGCAGCCGUGCUGUCUCUAAAUUUUGAGCUGCGUGAAUGGACACUGCAAGAAGUCUUUGCUGUCCUGAAUCUGUGGAUCUGUGAGCUGAGCUCUUUCUAUACUGAACGUGUGACUACAGAGCAUGCAAAAAAAAAUUUUUAUUUUUUUUUUAAAGUACUGGAUGACUCGUCUAAACAUGCAACCUUGUUUGAAAACAUGGAUGGGGAUAUCAUUGGUAACCACUGGUUUUGUUUGGUGGCAACUUCUAAACACUCCAAGUGCACCCCCUCUGGAUACCUCAAACAUCCCAGUGAUGUUUACCCACCUACAGGUUAUGAGCACUCCCUGCUCCCCUCUAGGGAGUGUCUCAUAUUAAUGCCACCAUUUUGGAAAAAACAAAACUGGAUGCCAUGGAAACGGCCUUGCUACUUCUCAUCUGGUUCUGUGUCCUGAUAUUAUGGUUUCAGGGUACCUUUUAGAUAUGGCCAGUGUUUGAUUCUCAGUGCCAACCUUCCCUCCCCUUCAAUAAAACCAGCUUGUUGCCAGACCCUUUCAGCAGUGAACCGAAGCUCAGGUCAAAGUGAGGGAGCGAUCACGAGACUUGCCCACAGCUGAAAGUCGUGGCUCAUGGCAGCACUCAGUGGAAUUUUACACACUACACCUACACCUGCAGCAGUGGAGGCCUGGAAUCAGACACACUACACCUAUGCCUGCAGGGCCCCAGAGGCUGCACACGGAGGAGUGGAAUUUUACACUGAACAAUUCCGGCCCUCGUGUGCUUUGGUUUCAGCCGCGUUUGCUUUAAAUAAAAUGAGUGUUUUGCUGCAAGAAUUCAUCACCAUGAAACCUUUGCAACUUUUUUUUUUUUUUUUAGCUGAUUUCUAUCAUUUUUAAAAAAUGUUUUUAAUAGUUAUUAACAUUUUAUUAUUUUUUAUUGUUCUUUGAAUAAUAAUUAUUUUAGAAAAAUGGCUUUAGAUAAGGAUAGUCAUUCACUUUCUCUUGUAGAAUUAGAUGAGAGGAUUGACAACAUUCUAUUUAUAUACUACAGCACAGUAGCACAAAGACUCAAAACAGGGGUAAACAAGUGAAAAGUAUCAGUUUUAGCUACUUACAGUUGUUGCUGGGUGGAUUUUCUCGCCUCAGGAUGAAGUCCUACAUGUUAUCAACACAACCUUAACAUGCCAUUAGCUUUUCCUAUGAUAUGGGUGUGUCACAUCAUGGCUAAAUGUUAUACUAGAGACUCCUACUGUAGCGGCAACUAUUACAAACGUGGGCUUGAGUACUUUAGCAGUACUGUGUCUCUGUUCAGGCCCAGUUCUAAAAGCGGGUUUGGUCUAAACCAUGAGUAGUUACUUACUUGAUAGUCCAGAAAUUACUACUUAAGUAUCAAAUCAGGGUGUUGUCAGAAAUGCUUUUAGAACCAUUUUUGUGUCUCUACCAACUUGUGAGGGGAAAUUGUUUUGCGUGUGUUCAAAAGCUUGUUUCUCGCUUAUCUCGCUGCAGUUUGUUCCUGUUCGUGGUGGGUUCUUAUCAUUUUUUUGUUUUCACUACAAACAUGGGAUAAAUUAUUGCAUGAAACCUGUGAGAGUGAACUACAAGAUACAAGUUAUGCAGAGGAAAGUCUUACAUGAAACUCGUUCUAAAGCUGAAGUCAAGUCGUGCAUUUUUUUUCUUUUUUGCAUAGUUGUAAUAAUAAAGCAAGCUAACUAAGUUAAGCUAAGCAAACCAGCAACUGCUGGCUAUAACCAUAGGUUGAGUGUGGUGUCACUGUAUCAAGGCUAUUCUCACAAGUGUGGGCACAAAUGUCAAAAUAUCAUUAAAAUUCUGUGCGUAAAGAAAAAGGAAACAUUUAUUUUUUUGGCCUUGUGUGGCUUUAUUUUUUUGAUAGUGUUUUGCAGUGGAGAGAGACUCGAAAGCAGGAGGAGCGAUGGGGGAAGACAUGCAGUCGAGAUUCAAACCUGCGCCGUCUGCGCCACCACACGGCAUGUGUGGUCGCCCGCUCAACCGUUGAGCCACCCUGGCACCCUUUAUUUUUCUUUUUAACAUAAUUCUUUUUUUUUUUUUCACAUUUUACAUUAGAUUUGAUUAUCUCUGACUAUGUUUACAUGUUGCAAGAUCCUAAAUGGUCAGCUGCAGGGACCUGAGAAGUGUACAUAAAUACUCCUGUGAUUAAUAACUGUAUUAUGACUGGCAAAACAUAAUUUUUAUGUGCAUUGUUAAAUGACAGUAAUAAAAGAGAAUUUAUCUCA